AUGCCGAUGUGCUUAUCAUUUGAUAAUACGGCUCGACUGUACGAUUCAUUUGCAGAAAUUCAUCAAGAAUACACUGGACCCAUGCGGUUUCAACAAAACGAUUGGAAUAAUAUCAAACAUGAAAGUAUCCUAUUAAGAUCAUCCUCAGACAACAACGCCAAUGAAACUAUUACUCUAUUCGAACGACGAGUCUUACGCAUUGCCAUGAACAUGACAGGUAAAAACGUUCUUGUACGUCGAUAUCCGGAACAUAAAAAACCGGUUGUCUGUGAAAUAAUUAAUGAAGAUUAUAGUUAUUCACUUGUACGUGAAAUUGAAACCGGACAUUAUUUUCGUGUCCAAUCGAAUCUUAUCGAAUAUACUGACGAACCACAACCCAAUACAAUCUAUGAAGUUUCGUUUCAUCCACUACCGGCCAAUGAUACUUUCAUUGUUAGUUAUGUUAUUAAAAAUAUUCGUUGGCAAGCACGUUAUACACUUCAAACAUAUCCUGAUCGUUCGACGCGUUUUCAAAUUAUAGUUGAUAUUAUUAAUUCAAGCCCAUUGAAUUUUCAUUUUAAUCAAACUCAUCUAAUGGCAGGCGACAUCGAUCUUACAUUUGGUACAAGUUCAUCAUUAGUUGAUUCAAAAACGCAAACAAAAGACGAUAUUGAUUACAGUGGUAUUAAUCUAUUUACAUGUAUCAAUAGUUCACUCGCAAUUGAUCCUUAUUCUAUACUGACACUACCGAUUGAAUCGCCUAAUAUUCAAAUUAAAACUAUUUUUACGUAUAAUCUUAUUAUAAGUAUACCAUCGCUGGUAUUAAGUAAUACAACAUCGAUGAUUUCAAAUAAGCAUAAAUUACAACGUGUUUAUCAAAUAUCCAAUAGUUCAUUAUUUUUACCAACUGGUCAUUUGAUGCUCUAUGAUUCAUCGUUGAAUGUUCUCACUGGCGAAUGGCAUUUACCGACAUUAACUGAAUUCGAAAAAUAUGAAUUUAAACUAGGUGAAGAUCCCGAUAUUAUGCUUGAAUAUAAUCGUACAGCAACCAAUGAUCAAAAAAUGAAUUCAUCAAUCAUAACAACAAAUGUUCUAGUUCAAAAUUAUAAACAACGUCCAAUAAAUAUUCGAUUUAAAUCGACAUGUGAAUCAUCGAUGAUUUGUCUAUAUUAUGAUGAUAAAGCACGUUCACUUGGAUCGCGUCUAAAUUAUGAACUUUAUCUUAAACCAAAGUCCGAAGUACUAUUUUCAUUUACGACCAUAAGACUUCUUUAG